GCUAAAACGAGCGUUCGGCUAAACCAGACGGCGUUGAUCUUACGCCAAUCCCCGAGUACUCCGACUUCCAUACUCCGCGUCCGUUCCUCAAGUAUAAAACCCUCGCCGUCUUCCUCAUUUUCCCUCUUCAUUCAAUUCAAAACCUACUCUUCCAAUUCCAGUUUUCAUGGCCACCUUCGGUACCACCAUUCCUGGGAAUCAUAACCCCAACAAAUCCAUUGAGGUUUCUCAACCACCUAGCGAUUCCGUUUCAAGCCUUAGUUUCAGUCCCAAUGCCAACUUGUUGGUCGCCACUUCAUGGGAUAAUCAGGUAAGGUGUUGGGAGAUACUACGUAAUGGAGCUUCUGUUGCUAGCACGCCUAAGGCAUCCAUAGCCCAUGAUCAGCCGGUCCUGUGCUCGGCUUGGAAGGAUGAUGGGACGACUGUGUUUUCUGGAGGCUGUGACAAGCAGGUUAAGAUGUGGUCUUUGUUGUCUGGUGGUCAGGCAGUGACUGUUGCCAUGCAUGAUGCCCCAGUUAAAGAGGUUGCUUGGAUCCCAGGGAUGAACCUCCUAGUCUCGGGGAGCUGGGACAAGACAUUGAACCCUGCCUUCCUGGCACUGAUAGGUGGUUUAGUUGACUUGGAGAUCAAAGAAAGUCUACGAUCAAUUUAAGUUUAUGGUUAACUAGAAGUGGUAUAUUUCUUAAUUGGAUCAAAUUAGCAGUUUGCUUGUUGUGGAGUUUUCAAAGACUUCCACACUGGAUACCUGUUCUAAUAUGGCAUAAGAAUUACGUUCAUGAUUGUUUUGUGUCUAUAAUUGGGGGUGACUUAGCUUGAUGUGGAGGCAUGAAGCUUCCACACUGGAUCAUGCUCUAAUAUGGUAUAUAAAUUGUCCUUGUGAUUGUUUUGGGCAAGAGUGGGAGUUUGGAAGUGUGCAUGUAGACAUUCUGUAACUUAAGUAGGAAAUUCUCUUUCCACAAAUGUGUCGGAAUGGCAUGUACACAUGCUCAUAUUAACACAAAGAUAUAGAAGAAUAUCUUUUGUUAAAAGAGCACUUUUCUUGAAACAAAUAGUGGAUUUUCUAAUGACUACUUUUUAAUGUCUGUAUUAGUUUAUGUACUUCUUAAUCUUACCUUACUAUUUCAUCUUUUCAAGUUGUAGCUCCUACUUGUCACUGGCUUUUCUACAUGAUUAUGCUACCUUCCAUUUUUGACAUUUUUGUGUGGUUUUUGACUGGUUCUACCAUUGAUUUUCUCAACUAAAUUAAGAUACUGGGAUACAAGGCAGCAAAAUCCUGUACAUACUCAACAGCUUCCUGAUCGUUGCUAUGCACUUACAGUGAAACAUCCUUUGAUGGUUGUUGGUACUGCAGAUAGAAAUCUGAUUGUUUUUAACUUGCAGAACCCUCAGGUGCAUUUUCUCAUUUUAUGAUGUUACUAUAUUAAGUUUGUUUAACUGUUACAAUCUGCCCGCCAGAACCUCCCAACCGUUUCAAUUUCCCCUCUGUCCUUCCCUUCCUGCCUCUCUUAUCUAUUAUUAUUUGAUGUUAAAGAUAUCUUGAAAGAAUGCCAUCAAUUUCUGUCAUUUUUGUUUGGAUAAUAUAUCCAGAUUCCAGAG